CUAGGUGUGCGUUAUACAGGCAGGAGAACUGGUCGAACAGAUCCUGGUUUAUGCAACAAGCAGUUUGACCUCAAUAGAUAUACUACAGUGGGGAGUGUGCAAAGACCUGCUCAUUUCUUCAGUGCAGCAGCAUCAUGGCGAACAGGGACAAGGCAGCAGAACAGCUGAAUGAAUUCAGCACAUCACAGAAGAAACCGGAUGUCCUCACCACGGGCACAGGCACCCCUGUGGGACGCAAGACAGCCACCAUGACUGUGGGACCUCAAGGACCUGUGUUGCUGCAGGACUUUGUGUUCACGGACGAGAUGGCUCAUUUCAACAGAGAGCGGAUCCCUGAGAGAGUGGUGCAUGCGAAGGGGGCAGGAGCGUUCGGCUAUUUGGAGGUAACACACGACAUUACCAAGUAUUGUAAAGCAAAGAUAUUUGAACGUGUGGGCAAGAAGACGCCACUUGCGGUCAGGUUUUCAACUGUAGGUGGAGAGAAGGGGUCGGCGGACACAGCGAGGGACCCCCGGGGGUUCGCCAUCAAGUUCUACACUGAUGACGGCAACUGGGACCUUGUGGGCAACAACACCCCCAUCUUCUUCAUCAGGGACCCUAUGCUGUUCCCCAGCUUCAUCCACACCCAGAAGAGAAACCCUGUCACCAACCUGAAGGAUCCCGACAUGUUCUGGGACUUCAUUACGCUGCGUCCCGAGACCACCCACCAGGUGUCCUUCCUCUUCUCCAACCGCGGCACUCCAGACGGCUACCGCCACAUGAACGGCUACGGCAGCCACACCUUCAAGUUGGUCAACGCCAAAGGAGAGUGUGUGUACUGCAAGUUUCACUUCAAGACAGACCAAGGCAUCAAAAACUUGACAGGAGCCCAGGCUGAUAAGCUGGCUAGCGAUGACCCCGACUACGCUACACGUGACCUGUACAACGCCAUCGCAUCCGGCAAGCCCCCAACCUGGUCUCUCUUUAUCCAAGUGAUGACCUUCAAGGAGGCUGGGAGUUUGAAAUGGAACCCUUUCGACCUCACUAAGGUGUGGUCCCAUAAGGACUAUCCCCUCAUCCCCGUCGGUCGCAUGGUCCUCGACAGGAACCCCAAGAACUACUUCGCUGAGGUGGAGCAGAUCGCAUUCUCCCCUGCCCACAUGGUGACGGGCAUCGAGGCCAGUCCCGACAAGAUGCUGCAGGGCCGCCUCUACUCGUACUCUGACACCCACCGACAUCGCCUCGGCAGCAACUACCUGCAACUCCCCGUCAACUGCCCUUACAACACCCGGCUCCGCAACUACCAACGCGACGGCCCUCAGUGUGUGGACGACAACCAAGCUGGCGCUCCUAAUUACUUCCCCAACAGCUUCUCCGGGCCACAAGAGGACCCUAAGGCCAUGGAGUGCCCUUUCAAGAUCACCGGAGACGUGGCCAGAUACAGCACAGUGGAUGAAGACAACUUCAGUCAAGUCGGCAUCUUCUGGAAUAAGGUCCUGCCCCCUGCUGAGCGGGACCAUCUGAUCAAGAACCUGGCCGGGCAUCUGAUCAAUGCCCAGGAGUUCAUCCAGAAACGUGCUGUCAACAACUUCGGCAAGGCUGAUGCUGAGUUUGGCCGCCGCCUCCAGGCUGCUCUCAAUGCUUUGAAAGUGGAGCCAUAGAUGCUGACAAAGGCGAAGUACAGUCUCGCGAUACAGGAUGAUCGGGCACAACAAAUAUAUAACUGAAUAGUGCUUACAGAUGACACCUGGAAUUUGUAACUCAGAUCAGCUAUAUAUCCUGCUUUGCGAUAUUUGCCGUGUUUCGAACACUUUAGUCCCUCAACUUGCGAAAUAGUAACAUUAGCAAGCAUACAAAGUAAUAAAAAAAAAUACCAAAAAAUUAAAAUUAAUCAAUAUUUGAAAACCUUUCAGUUUACAAUUUUCUAUUAAUACAAGGUUGGUUUUUCCCACCCAGAGUGAUCAUGUGCGGUUGAUGUACCAUAAUCCGGCGCGUACUCUCUGCUAAGCAUGGAGCUUUGUCAAUGAAGUAUUAAAACUUUCCACUUCAUGAUCUGAUUUGUAAGUGACUUGAACUAAGAUCAGAAAUGUAGACAGUUUUAAUUACCGUUCACGUAAAAUAUAAUUAAGCCCGUAUCAACACUUUGCAUACUUUGAUCAAGUACAUUUAAUAUAGUGGACAUAUAGUCGACUUGCUGAAUGUAUAUGGAUCAUAUUUGCUCGCCUAGCAUUAUUGUUGAAGCUGUACUUUGCGCUGAAAAGCAUACAUCACAUUUCCCUUGUAGUGUCGAGACGUAACUAAAGAGUGACAAUUAAGCCCAAACACUACACAUCAAGGCACGAUAGUUAUUUUUCGAGAUUUUACCUUGUUCAGAUAGAUUAUAUUUCCCGAAUAUUUCAUGCAACAUGCAAACUAGAUAUUUGACUUUUUUUUUCAAAAGCGCAGUGAAUUUAUACGCAAAUAGAAAUGUUUUCGUUUACAAUAACUUUUCUUGCAUGUUGACAAUUACUUCUGCGUAUUUCAUGCAACAUGCAAACUAAAUAUUUGAUUUUUUUUUCAAAAGCGCAGUGAAUUUAUACGCAAAUAGAAAUGUUUUCGUUUACAAUAACUUUUCUUGCAUGUUGACAAUUACUUCUGCGUAUUUCAUGCAACAUGCAAACUAAAUAUUUGAUUUUUUUUUUCAAAAGCGCAGUGAAUUUAUACGCAAAUAGAAAUGUUUUCGUUUACAAUAACUUUUCUUGCAUGUUGACAAUUACUUCUGCGUUCUUAAUAAUAAAUACAUCAUAGAUACAGAUGUAGAUUGAGAAUUUGACACAUUAGUUAGUCAACAUUUAUACGGAAUUACUGCAUAGACGCGUAUAUUGUUCAGCUUAUCGCAUGUCUUUUACAGAUGCAAUGUACCUAAUUGGAAUGUAUAAUUAUUAGUAUAUUCAAUUCUGUAUUUGUAUCUAGAGAGGUGUUGCUAAGACUAGUGCUAUACUUCUGUUCAUCUUAUAUCCAAUAAAAUAUUUUGAAAUACA